CCUAGAUAUUAACCGCCUAUUUUGUCCAAAGAAGGAUCAGUUUCUUGCCCUAAAGAAGCAGAAGCUUUAAAUUCUGCAGUCUGCAGCAGGUUCUGUGUUGAUAUAAAAUUGAGAAAGAAGAUGGGUAGAGGAAGAGUAGAGCUGAAGAGGAUAGAGAACAAGAUAAAUCGACAGGUAACAUUUGCUAAGAGGAGAAAUGGGUUGCUUAAGAAAGCUUAUGAGCUUUCUGUUCUUUGUGAUGCUGAGGUUGCUCUUAUCAUUUUCUCUAAUCGGGGCAAGCUUUAUGAGUUCUGCAGCACUUCUAGCAUGGCAAAGACAAUUGAGAAAUACCAGAGAUGCAGUUAUGCACCAUUGGGAAACGACCAAUCUGUGCAUGACACACAGAGCUGCUACCAGGAAUAUCUGAAGCUAAAAGCUAAAGUUGAGGUUCUACAGCAUUCACAGAGGAAUCUUCAUGGGGAGAAUUUGGGAGAUUUGAACAUAAAGGACCUUCAGCAGCUUGAACUCCAGCUUGACUCCUCAUUGAAGAAAAUCAGGUCAACUAAGACCCAGUUUAUGCUUGAUCAACUUUCUGAACUUCAAAGGAAGGAAGAACUGUUACUGCAGACCAACAAGGCUUUAAGGAAGAAGUUGGUGGAAACUGAUGCAGCCCUUCAGUCAUCAUGGGAAGCUAGCGACCAAAGCGCUUUUCAAUACGACCGCCAGCCUGCUCAACCAGAUGGCUUACUCGAUCCUUUACAGUGCAAUAGAAAUUUGCGAAUUGGUUUCAGUCCAGGGGAAGCAGAUGAGUUACCUGUUGCAACCACAGAUCAAAAUGUUAAUGGAUUCAUACCUGGGUGGAUGCUUUAAUAUUAUUAUAUGAAUAUUCAAGAAAGUUCUAUAGAAUAAUAAAUUAAUAUAUGAUAUAAUAUAUUGGUUUCUUGGGAAACUAUUGAUACCCUUAAGCAGUAUUUAACUGUUUGUAAUAAUUUUAAGCAGA